AUGAACAUAAAAGAUAAAACAUCUAUUUAGGUCGUUGAUGAUUCACUUUACGAUUAGGAUCCUGAAUCAAGAGCUCAAUCAGUAUUUGAUUUAAAUAAAUUAUACGUUUUUCCUGGUUCAAUGGAAAAAGCAUUAAUACACAGAGAAGCUAAUUCAUUAGGGGAAGAAGUUUAACAAAGUGUAAGACUUAUGAAUGAAGUUUGUGAGUGCUGCAAAAAAGUAGUCAAAGAAAAAAAAUUAAACUUUUUUUGUCUCAGUGAAAAUAAAAACAUCUUAAAAUGGGGAUGGGGCGUUCCUCAAUAUCUCACUAUUCAAAAACUUAACAUCAUUUUAUUGACUUUAGUAUUCUUUUUUUAUUGCGGUGAAUUCAUAGUAGCUUCAAACAAAUUAUGCGAUAACAUAUCUUAGUUUGAUUUAAUUAUACCCGUUAUCACAUGUGAUGAGUCUUUUAAAAUGCAAAUCGUCCCAGAAAUAGUCCUAAAAAUAUUUUUUCAGAAUCUUAAAUAUGGAAAAUUUACAGCUCUUGUAAUUGUUUUAGGAUUUCUUAUAGUAUUUUACUUCUAUGUUCAAUUUUUUUAUCGAAAAUAAUAUCUUAAUUAAGAAGAUAGCAAUUAACAAAAUAUAAAAGAUGAUAAUAUUACUUCCAGAAGUAUAUUAGUGUUAAACUUUCCUGACUUAUCUUAGGAUAAAAUCGAAGAAUUCUUUCAACACAAAAUCAAAGAAAAGUUAGGCUUGAACAUUAAACCAAAAAUAGAACAAAUCUGCAAAAUUUACAACUACCAAAAAUUGAGUAGCAUCUUUUAGGAAUAUAUCAAAAUGUAUGAAAAAAUGAAUGUCCAAAAAGAAAAUCUCACAUAAAAAGAUAAAUAAAAAGCUUAAGAAUUAAAGUAAAAAAUAGAUCUUAUAAAGUAAAAUGGUGCUUCCUAUUCAUAUAGAGUUAUAGUAACUUUUUAAUACUAGUAAGAUUGCAUCAUCGUUAAAAAUUCCCUCAGAAGGUCUUUCAUCUAUGAUAUUGUUAAUUAUAUACUUGUCAGAAAAAUGAAGAAAUUUACUACAACAGAUUAUUGCACUAUUAAGUCAGCCAGUCAUCCAAAAGACUACAUUUGGGUGAAUCUGGGAAGAAGCAUAAAAUCUAAAAUGAGGUAUUUAACUCUAUCAGUGAUUGUUUUUUCUAUUUUAAUUGGAGGAUUAGGAUAUUUACUUUAUUUAAUGACUCAAGCUCUAAAUAAUUUAGAAGGAAAUGAAAAUUAAGAUAUUGAUACUUCUACCAGGGUUGUGCAAUAUAGCAUUUCGUUUGGCAUAUUUGCUAUUGAAAAAAUAAUCCUCACCUUUUUGAAAUAUGUUUCAUUAAAAUCUCUGCAUUUUAACAAAACUUCUUAGUUUAGGUUUUACAUAAAUUAUGCUACUACUUUCUUAUUAGCCUACUAUGUUACUCUACCUUGCUAUCUCUUCUUUUUAAUCUCAUCUGACUCUCUUUUCUCUACUUAGCAACAAAAAGUUCUUAGAACCUCUUCGUUCUUAAAUGAAAUGGUGGUUUAAUUAGCUAUGUCUAUCAGUCUCUAUAUUUUUGAUUUUUAAUUUAUCCUUCAUUUUUACAAAAAAUUUAAAAUCUAAAAAAUGUUUAAAUAAACUGGAAAAAUUGAACUAUGUUAAAUAAAUUUAAAUUUGGCUAUGCAAAAACCUGAAUUAAAUUUAGAAAAAAGAUUUAUUCUAAUUUUUAAGUUAUUAGCUUUCACUGGAUUUUACAUUUUUAUAUGUCCUUAUAGUGUUCUUUUCAUUUUGGGAGCAUCGAUUAUUUUAUACCUUAUUGAUAAAUACAUGAUUAUUAUAAGGUAUAGCAUUUAUAGCUAUAGAAGUGCGAAGUAUAUUAAAUCUAGUGCUACUCUAUUGACAACUUGGAUGGUUUUUAUUGUUAUAAGUGUAUUUUUCUUAACAGAAGGGGAAUAAAUUAACUUUACAAUAUCCUAAGGGGUUUCAGAUAAUUAUAAUCUCAGCUUAAAGUAUUAUGUAGUUCUUUAUAUUAUUUUGGGAAUAUUCAUCUUCAUAAAUAUUAUUUAGCUGAUAAUUUACCCAAUCAUCAAAAAUAAACUAAAGCUUAAAAAAGCAAUUAAUUAAAAAGAAGAAAUGCAGGAAUUCUAAACAUACAGCUAACAAGAGAUAAAUUAAAAACUACUACCAUUUAAUAAAAUUUCAUAGUCUUUUUGUCAACUAGAUAAAGACAACACAAAUUCUUAUAUUUAUUAUUAUUAGCUUUUUAUAAGUUAAUUUGAUUGUAAAAUACUUGAUGACUUUUACAAUUAAAUACUGUGA